AUGUCUACCGAACAGACUUUCAUUGCCAUCAAGCCCGAUGGUGUCCAGCGUGGCCUCAUUGGACCCAUCAUCUCUCGCUUUGAGUCCCGUGGCUACAAGCUGGUCGCCAUCAAGCUGGUCACUCCCCCCAAGGAGCAGCUCGAGCAGCACUAUGCCGACCUCGCCGAGAAGCCUUUCUUCCCCAGCCUGCUCAGCUACAUGUUGAGCGGCCCCAUCGCCGCCAUGGUUUGGGAAGGUCGCGACGCCGUCAAGACCGGCCGUUCCAUCCUCGGUGCCACCAACCCUCUUGCCUCCGCCCCCGGUACCAUCCGUGGUGACUACGCCAUCGAUGUUGGCCGCAACGUCUGCCACGGCUCCGACAGCGUCGAGAACGCCAAGAAGGAGAUCGCUCUUUGGUUCAAGGAGGGCGAGGUCGUCUCUUACAAGGCCAGCCAGUUCGACUGGAUCUACGAGAAGGCUUAA